AUGUACUUGUUGGUCUAUGUUGAUGAUCUAAUCUUAACUAGGAAUCAUGAGCCCACGUUACGCGCUUUUGUCACUAAACUUAAUGAGGAAUUUGCAAUUAAAGAUUUAGGCAAUUUAAGCUACUUUUUAGGGCUCAAGGUUUGCUAUAUGCAAAAUGGUCUAUUUCUACAUCAAGCAAAAUAUGCAUCUGAAAUUAUUGAUCGUGCUUCUAUGUGUGAUUGUAAACCUAUCUCUACCCCGUUAUCCACUAAUGUUGUGCUUACUGCUGAAGGUGAUCGAUAUUCGAACCCAACCUUAUAUCGCUCUCUUGUCGGUGCUUUGCAAUAUCUAACGAUUACUCAUUUGGAUAUUUCAUAUGCGGUUAAUCAAGUUAGUCAAUUUUUACAUUGCCCGACGGUGACACACUUUCAGGAAUUAAAACGUAUUAUUCGAUAUAUCAAAGGGACUAUAACGCAUGGUUUAAACUUCACUAAACCAAAGCAUUGCACUCUGGUGGGUUAUUCGGAUGUCGACUGGGCUCGUUGCAUUGACACUAGGUGA